AUGGCCAAUGUUUCUCAUGGCGACAUCCUUAAAGAUUUACAUGCUCGCGCUUUAAGACAAGUGAAUGCAAGGAUGCCAACAAGUAAAUUCCAUGAUCCACUUAAAAAAGUUAAACGAGAUAGUAAGAAUAAUAUGAGUAUGAAAACUUUAAAAAAUAUUUUUCACAGAUAUAAUUCGUCGAUGCAAAUAUUUGGAAGAAAAGGUUUCUUGUUUAUCGGUUGUGGUGUAUCUGAUGGUGAAGAUGAUGCUCGUUUUGGUACUUAUCUUAUGCCUAAAGGUUCUAAAGAGGAAACAUGUAAUACCCAUUUUCCAAUCUAUUACCAAUGUUAA